CUCCUCCCUCUGUUUUGCACAUGGUAGACAAGAUUUGCAAAGGCUUUUCUCUAUCAGUCCUACCCUACAGGGCAGGCCUCUGUUCUAUAAUGAGUGAAGAGACAGAGGCCUGGGUCCAUUAUUUUGGAGUGUCAGCCAGGAUGUUUUUGCAGCUAGACUAGAAAAGAAGUAGAAAGUCAUUGGACUAUGGCAGGUAGGACUGGACCAUUUCUGUAUCUGAGAGACACUACCACGUAUUUGCACUGAUGUGAUCCACCAGCAGGGUAGGAAUUAACGCAGGCCAGGCCUUGCAUGAGGCUGACAUCCUGGUCCGUCCUUUCAAGCCACAGCUCCCAGGUGAAGCAAGCCUUGUGCCACAGAUUCCUUGCUUCUAUCCCAGUGGGGGAGGGGAGUCCCCCCACUUCCCUGCACUAUAGCCGCUGGAGGCUUGUGGGCCCAGGGCCAUGGAUGCCACCCCAAACACAGGCAGGCGCUAAGGCCUGGAGGCGGGACUGGGCGGGAGCCACGCGGCGGGCGCGCCCCUUUCACGGCUUCCGGCGGCGGCGGGCGGUUCCGGCGGCGCGCGCCCGGGGCGGCGGCGCGCGGCAGCGGACUGUUGGGGUUUGCUUUGGUCCUUGUGGGCACCAUGCAGCUGACCGUGAAGGCGCUCCAGGGCCGGGAGUGCAGCCUACAGAUGAUAAACGACUGUCAGAUUACAACAUUGGGCCCAAUUCUAAACUCAACCUAGUCGUUAAACCUUUGGAGAAGGUGCUACUGGAAGAAGGGUCUGCCCACAGACUGGUCGACUCCCCACCCCCACCCCUCUGGCAGUUGAUCUCCAAAGUCCUGGCCCGUCACUUCAGUGUAGCAGAUGCCAGCAGGGUCCUGGAACAACUACAGAGGGAUUAUGACAGAUCUCUGAGCCGCCUAACACUGGAUGACAUCGAACGUUUGGCCAGCCGCUUUCUACACCCUGAAGCUUAAGGUGGGAGUCUGCUGUCACCACCUGCAGUUCUACCUUGUGUUCAGUAAGCAAACUGAAGCCAAAAGUGAAGUGAUAGCCAAGCAUGGGCCACAGAUGGAAUAUCCUGGGCCUUCGUGACAUAGCUCUUCUUGGGGGGACCCUAUCUGCUUGGCUCCUCCUGGAAGUUAGUCUCAUCCAUGAGGGAAAGCAGGUGACUCCGCAAGGCAGUGUCACAACUAGGACUCUGCCUUGGUCUCCUCACCCAGAGUUCUCCCACAGCAUGAGAUGGAUGCUUCCUCUGCCACCUGUGUACAGGGGCUUUCAGUUUGUACACCUUCAUUGCUUAAGACGAAACUCAGGGUGCUGAGGAGGAGAUAGAAAUGUAAGCUGAAUACAGUGUUUCUUCUUUUAACUGAACCAUGCCUGGGUGCUAAAGGUCAUGUAAGUACUAGCUCCUUUGAGGAGGACCCCUGGGAAGCAGUUGAGGCUGGAAGAUAACCACCUGCAGGACACUACUGGCUCUCCACCCUUGCCAAGGAAACCACUCUGAAUGUUGUCGGGGCUACACUGGCCUUUCUUGCCCAGGGGCCUCCUGCAUGGGCCUUGGACCUUGUAGGACAAUAUUGAGUUCCCAUAAUGGAAUGAUAAACUCAAGUGAGGCCUGAGGGGAUGAGCAGCUGAUAGGCCUUGCUCUUCCCUGAGACCUGGGGUACCACAUCAGGGACCUGCUUGUGAGCACAUAUAUGGACUGGCAGCUCAGAUAAUAAGCUUACCAGUGUCCUUGUUCACUUUGAGUCAGGGAAUGUAUUUGGAAAAUUAAAUAACACUGAAGGUGCAUGUGAGACUUUUUACCAAGAUGAACUGAAUUAAUAAGCUAGGCUGCUUUUGGUUUCAAAUAAUUGAUUUAACAACACAGGAAACUUACUGGCUUACAAAAAUGAAAAACCCAGGAGUACUGGCAGUGGAUGAACAAUUUCACCAAAUAUCCAGCUUUUUUCCUGCCUCCCUCUAAAUUCUCCAGGAUCUGCUUCAUCCUCAUCACUACUUCCAAGGAUCAAAGGGUGGCUGCCUGCAGCUUCAUCAAAACCCUUCAUUCGCUGCCAGUGAGGAGCACUUUCUCUCUGUAGCAUAGCUUCUGUCUCAGAUGCCCCAGCAAAUAAAUGCUGUCUUAUUGGUCAGAACUGAAUCCUGUGUAAUCACUGGGGCUGGGCAUAUGGAAAAAGGAGCUGUUGAUUAUCGGUUAACACCUACUCAACUAGUCUUGAUUUGCUUUCCUGGGCACAUAGGAGCUGUACCAAGAAAGAAAAGUAAAUGGAUGUCUUGGUGGAUGCAGAUGGCAACUCUCCACUACAGGAAACAUCUCAACCAGAAAGAGUAUGACACCUUGGAGAUAUUAAAGGAGAAAGGGACGAGGACUCAGACAAGGAGUAUUUUCUGGGACUUGUAUCCAAUGGCAUUUAAAGUUUCUAAAAGCAGAAGAAACAAACCAUAGAUAUGUUCAUAAGUCUCUUGAGCCAAUGCCUCUCAAUUCAGGGUGCCAGAAGCCUGCGAGAUCCUCACUUUGGCCAAAGAUGAGACAGUGUUUAGAUGAGUUUAUGGGACAAUUGGUAUGUGUUGCAGUGUAGCUACCUAUAGAGCAAGAAACUAAAUAGAGGGUUCUUCAAGAAUUGGGCUAUGGCUGAAGCAAAACUCAAAAGUGCAGGAAGGAGUCAUGAAAGGGAUCCUAUGAUAUCUGAUUGCCUUGGAAUGUUAGGGUAACUGUAUGUGGGAGGUCAGGGACAGGAGAGAUGAGAUUGGACAUGGAGAUGAGUGAAGUUAAUAUGAAUUGGGGGUCUGUAAUGGAAACGCUGAAACAGGAAAGCAAGAAGUGGACUCCUUUUGAUGAUCAGUUAUUGUAUUGUUAAUGAACCUUUUCUUUGCAGAGCACUUUUCUCAUUUCAUUCUCAUCUGAUUGCCAAAUGUAGGAAGUGGAUGAGGAACAACUUGAAUCCAGGCCUAGCUCAUGUAAACAUACUGCUAUACCCAGGAAUGUUCUGUAGACAGACUCCUAGACACUGGAAGGAUGAUUGAGGUAACUGCCCAGAGAAAGGGGCUAAAAAAGAAAGGAGAGAUCUCAGCCUCAGGAAACCAGCUUCACUAACAAGAGAGGAGUUUAGAAGGGAGCAGAGGCAAAGGCCUGGGCAAGAGGUGGUGUCAAGUGCAAGUCAAGGACAGGUCUGCAGAAGGGAGAAACCAUCAGUGCUGCCACUACAUGAAGAAGGUGGAGCCUCUCUCUGAAGUUCUUAAUAUGUAGGUUAUUACCACUGUAUAAUAGGCCAAAGAGUCCUCAAGAACCUGUUAUUCCACAAGAUGUGUGUACAAAGGAAUGGAGACAAAUAGGUUUCAAACCUGGGACAAAUGGCUGAGAUGGCUAUUUAACAUCAAAGCUGACCUGGCCUCCAGGUUCUUUCAGCAUCCUUCAGUCCCUACCUUUUACCAGGCCAUCCUGGCUGACAUACCUGGCCCUCUACCCUGAACUCUCCAGCCCAGGGUGCUGGGCUGCUCUUCUGUACCUAAUCCAACCAUUUUGGUGAUUCAUGCUCUUUGUACAUUUGAGCCUCCUAGCUACUGCACCUGGUUCUCCUACCUUUCCCUCACCACUCUCCUCACAGGGUUCAAGGGUAUGUUCACUCAGGACUCUCCCAGAUGUACCUGCCUGUGACUAUGCUCUCUCACAUAUCUACAAUAAACUUUCUCCUCCACCAUA